AUGGCGCAACCGAUCCCUCAGCCCAAGGGCGUGCCGCUACUCGGCAACAUCUUCGACAUCAAGCCCAGCAACACCUGGACGUCCCUCAAGGCGCUGGCCGAGGAGCACGGCGAGAUCUUCCAGGUCAAGAUCCUCGGCAAGACCAUCGUCUUCGUCGCCUCGGCGGCGCUCGCCGAGGAGGUCUGCGACGAGAAGCGCUUCCGCAAGUUCGUCGGCGGGCCCAUCGUCGAGAUCCGCGCCGCCGUGCACGACUCCCUCUUCACCGCCUACGCCUCCGAGGAGGCCGUCUGGGGCGUCGCCCACCGCAUCCUCGCGCCGCACAUGAGCCCCGACGCCAUCGCCCGCUGGUGCCACCCGGAGAUGCGCGACGCCGCGCAGGAGCUGCUAGAUCUAUGGACGAAGCGGUGCGACGGUGGGCUGGUCAUGGAACCGUUUGAGCAGCUCGCAAGGCUGGAACUGGAGACAAUGACGCGGGCGCUCUACGGCCAGAGGCUGGGCGCGCUGACGGGCCCGCGGCACCCGAUGCUGCGCGCCAUGGAGGAGGCGACCUCGGAGGCCGUGAUGCGCCCGGCGCGCCCGGCGCUGGUCAACGCGCUGCUGUACGGGCGCAAGUUUCGCGCCGCGGUGGCGGUGCUGCGGGAGUGGGCGGAGGGGGUGGUGCGGCACAGGAGGGAGAACCCGACGGACCGCGAGGACAUGCUGGCGUCGAUGCUGGCGGCCAAGGACCCGCAGACGGGCCGCGGGCUGAGCGAGUCGCAGGUGAUUGACGAGGUGGUCACGAUGCCGGUCGGCAGCAGCACCUCGCCGUGCCUCCUGGCGAUGGCGCUGUACCUGCUGCUCGGGAACCAGGGGGCGGUGCGGCGGGCGCGCGAGGAGAUUGCCGCGGUGGUGGGUGACGACCGCGGCGCGCCGAUCGAGUACGCGCACGUGGGGAAGCUCACGUACGUCGGGGCGAUUGUGCACGAGGCGCUGCGGCUGUCCUUUGCCGCGCCAGGCUUCAACAUCGAGCCAGUGCCGUCGGCGGACGGGGCGCCGGUGUCUCUGGCGGGCGGCAAGUACGAGGUCGCGCACGACCAGGCCAUCAUCCUGGUCAUGGCGGGCAUCAACCGCGACCCGGCAGUGUUUGAGGACCCGGAGGCGUUCCGGCCGGAGCGCAUGCUGCCGGAGGAGUUUGCGCGGCUGCCCCCGGGCGUCAAGAAGUGGUUCGGCAACGGCAGGAGGGCGUGCUUCGGCACGGCGUACGCGUGGCACUCGAACGUGCUGGUGCUGGCGAUGCUGCUGCGCGCGGUCGACUUCGAGGCCGCGGAUGAGGGGUACGUGCUGGAGAGGGACGGGUGGUUUAAUUACCGCCCGGUCGGGUUCAAGGUCAAGGUCAAGCCGAGAGCGGAUUGA